AUGGUAACUAAAAAUCAUGAGAAAUAUGUUGCGUUUACAUUCAAACAUGAUUUAUUAAAAGCAGCACAAUAUACAGUUCAAGUAUCUGCAGGCUGUCCAUCAGCCGAAGGUCCAUUAAAGGCCAUAUCAGAGUGGUCAGCUAGCUUUCAUACUUAUGAACCUUUAAAAAUAAUUGAUUGGUUUCCAAAUAUAAAGAACACAUGGCAACCAUCUGUUGCUCCUGGUAAUAGUUGGACAGUAACAUUCAAUAAUUCAUUAGAUCAUUCAACAAUUAAUAAAUCAUUAUUCAAAUUCGAACCAGAAGUCAAUGGUUUAGAUAUUGAACAUACACAACACAAUGAUCGACAAAUCACAUUCUAUAAUAAUUCCAAACCAAAUACUGUUUAUACACCACUUAUGCAAUCAGCAUCAUUGAAAGAUAUUCAUGGUCAAGCAUUAGAACAUGAUCAUUCUGAUAAACUAAUUCAAUUUCACGUACAUGAUUCACCAUCAUUAGUUGGACACGUAUCGGGUGCAACAGGUAUGAUUACAGUGGAUCCUGAUGUAUUAGAUGAACCAUUUUACCCGUUUAUGGUUUAUAAUUAUUCAGAAGUAAUGCUUCAUAUUCAUCGAGUGAAACCAGAGCAUUAUCAUCCAAAUUUACCAUGUUUUAAUUCAUACUCUUAUACCUAUGAAGGAGGAGAAUUGUAUAAUAAAUUACCUGGUGAAGAGUUGCUAAAUGAAGUUGUACAAACAAACUGUGAACGUGAUGAACCGAAAGAAAUAAGAGUUCCCUUGAAAACAUAUUUAACGAAAAACUCUGGAGUAGGUCAAUUAAUUGUAUUAAUUGAACCAACAAGAAAAGCAUUGAAUGAAUGUGAAGACAACAAUUGGCAACAUAGACAAAUUAUAUCAGUUUGGCUACAAUGUACACGAUUAGCAGUCGAUGUAUUUGUUUCUUCAGGUACUUAUAAAUUAAGAGGAAACUAG